UUAAACAUUCAUAUGUGGUUUAAUAUACAGAUAUGCUAAUGCAGUUUAUUUUACAAACACACAUUUUUUUUAUCAUAAAAUGAACAUUUACAGUUUUUUGUCAGUCUCCAUUGUUGAAAUCUUUGCGGAAAUGAUUUGCGUUAGAAAUAACAUUUAUGAAGCGGCUGAUACUACUGUUUGCAGAUCAGAUUGCCCUUUCGCCUUAUCUUAAAUCAAUAGACUUGUACCUUUACGUCGCUGGAGCUAUUUUUGGAACUCGUCUAUACAGGUAACUCCGCCUUUCCGAUACGUGUAAACAAAAAUACUGAAUGAACUUGUUUACAUUGGCUGCAUGACCGAGAAAUGAUGAUUUAAAUACUGUUCGAACGGGUGUUUAACCGGAUUGUAACAGAUGUACUAAAUCUAAUCUUCAUUUAAAAUUUAAAUGAAUCUUGCCACAAUGCACAGUACAUUUAGGUAGCUUGGAUGUGAAAAAAGACACCCUUUUAUACAUUACAGGCCUUUUUUCUGCCUAAAUUUCAGUAACUUUUGCUGCAGUCUUUUCUUCUAAAUAACGUAUCUAGUGUUUAGUUUUCACAAUAAUUAUAAAACGUGACUGACUCGAGUUGUUGGAUUCGCUCAUUAUUGACUGAUGGGCAUAAGUUCGAUUCCCGGAACCGACCAUGCCUCUUUAGCUGAAAAAUGUCGGCAAUUUCUUAUGGAAUAUGUGAGUCUUAGUCUAACUAAUUUGACGCGAUCCUAGGAAACAGUUACGAGUUAUUUUCUCAACUCGAAAGAUCACUAGAUUUGGGUUUAGAUGCUGAUUUGUUGCGAAUAUGAGAUAAAUUCAAAUAAAACUUACUAUUGUAUCAAAAGGUAGUCCAAAUAAUUAUACUCAAGAGUUGAAUAUCGUUAUAUUUUUUGACUGGUCGAUAUCCCCUCUAGGUAGACAACGUAAAAUUUCAAAAUGUAAAAUCGGUCUACCCGGGGUCUCAUUAUAAAGACUAAUCAAAAGGGGAGAUUAAAUUCCUCAUUAAUUUAUGUAAAAGUUAUCAUAAUUCCCUUUAACACGAUUAACGUUACACGUAAUGUCUAAGCAAUAAAACCAACGACUUUAAAUGACGGUGUGCUGUUAUUUAUCCUCGAUUAUUUUGGUCCAUUUAGAGUGACCGUCACAAAUAUAAAACAAACUAAACGUCGAAUUAUUUUGACUUACGCGAGUCUAUAACUGGUUCUUUCCAUGAACGAAGAAAAGGUUUAUCAACUGCCUGUAUGUAAAUAACUGAAAUAGUGUUUAAACGACUUCAAAUAAAUAGUAGAUAAAUUCACAUACACGUAAACCCCACCAAUAAAAUAAAAAUGAAAUAAAAUUAGAUCUAAAAUGGAGUUAGAUUUGCGAUAGUUAAGCUACAGAAGACUCUGUAACAGUCUGAAUAUCAAAUAAGUCAGUGUUUAUGGAUCUACGUACAAGUGUUACGUAGCUUGAAGGUUCAACGAGAUACCUUUCUAUAAAACCUUGUGUACCUUGCGUGGUUGGAAAUUCUGUCGAUAAUAAUUGUCAUAACAAACAAAAAGUGCUGUUUUCAUUUGAACGUAGUUGAACUAUUCUAUAUUCUACUUUUAAAACAUAUCCAUUAUCACCUUAUUGCAUUUUACAAUGUAUGCAAGUACGGCAAUACUUCAAAGACAGAGUCAGAGCGUGCGCUUUGUGUGACGUCAAGAUAAAGAAAAAAAAGGUUCAGGACAAGGUGAAUGAAUAAUUUAUUGUGGAUGAGGCGGGGUUAACCUGUCAGAAUUACUCCAAAAAUAGCUCAAGCUUCACAGUUUCUGUGACGUAAACGUGCAACUCUAUCGAUCUGAAAGAAAUUGAAGGGGCAAUUUGAUCUGCAAACAGUAGUAUACCUAUGGAUUAAAAGAUGUGUUGAUAUAUAAAUUUCCAGGAUCUGAAAUAUAGCAACACACAGUCAAGUACAAGGACUUUUAUGGCUGUGACACAGCAGGCAAAUAGGGCUGUUGAGAUAGUUAAUUAAAUAUGUGAGAAGAUCCUUUUCAGUGUUUAGAAUGCAUUCUAUCUACUCACUCCAGCAUGUAUUUAUGUUUCUGGUAGUGAAGUGUUCAGCACAGGUCCAUAAACACCAGCUGAAUCAGGACUUCGUUGUAUAGAAACACUAUUGGACAGACUAUAUGAACAUAAGAACUGUUCUCCACAGUAAUAUGGUGUAAAAUGAGCAAUUUACUGCCAGUCAUGUAUGAUCAAAGUUAUCCUGUGGACGUCGAUAUCAAAUGAUAUAUAGAUUGAAAAGAGCAGAACAUAGCAGAUAUUAUGGCACAUAUUGUUCUGAAUCCUGAAAUUUCAAAGGGUGAUGCAAGUUCUGUCAUAGACUGUCCUGAUACACUACAGGACCUAUGUGUUUUCUACCUAAUGAACAAUAUAGAUACACUUGUGCAAUCUCUGAACAAAACACAAGACACAAAUGAAGAGUUCACUUCAUUAUUUUCGUUGUUGCAUGCCAACAGAAUGUUGGGAUAUUACAGUAAAUGCUGCAUACCGUGUGAUCAUGAACUCCCAUACAUUGAUCAGCUAAUGGAAAAAUGUCAACAGUGUGAUGAAAUAAGUGUAACUACUACAUCACCCUGGACAAAUAUUCUGAUGUUUGCUGAUUCAUGUAAGUCAGUUAGAAGACUUGAUCUUACAAUCUUUGAUAAUGACUUACAACUCUCAGCCUACAGUGAAUUGCUGGAAAACAAUUUGCCUCAUUUGACAUCAUUAAAACUUUCACAGAAAUGUGAAGAAUUAUGUGCAGUUGGCUUUUUAAAUAUGCUUGGUGGAAAAGACUUUGAUGCCGAUAUUAUAGUGCCUGACUCAAGUGAUGAUAAUGACAACAAUGAUGAUGACAAUGACAACGAUGAUGAUGACAAUGACAACGAUGAUGACGACAAUGACAACACUGAUGAUGACAAUGACAACAAUGAUGAUGACAAUGACAACGAUGAUGAUGGUGAUAAUGAUGCUACUGCUGCAGCUGCUGCUGAUGAUAAGCAAGGAGCUACCUGUGAUUUUAAGAAGACAGAAGGUUAUAGUGCAAAGAAAACAGAUUUGCAAAAAGGAAACUUAGAUACCGAGACUGUCACAGACACAGAAACUGUUGAAUCAGAAGACAAACAAUCUGAAAAUGUAUCCGACAAGGUCAUUUCCAAUUUGAAAUCUUUUAGUUACCUACAAAUUGACUCCAAUGCUCAUCCAAACUUUGAGCCAUGUAGAAGUUUUGGGUGGUUUUAUGCACUUCUUUCAAGGGUUAUCAGCUGUAACCAACAUCUUCAGUCUUUCAAGUUAGUUACUAUUAUCUCAAACCCAAUCGAAUGGUUCCUGUCUCAGCCAGAUCUACCAAGGCUCAAGGAUCUUCAGUCAUUGUGUUUGUCUUUAGAGUAUUUUGAUGACUAUGUAGCAGAUAGUGAUGAAAUCAAGAUGCCAUACACCGACAAGUUCUUUACAAACCUACCUGUUCUUCAAAACCUGAGACAUUUGGAUAUCUCAUGCAGUGUACCAAUGGAAUACUUCAUGUCAUCAAUGUUUUCCUACUCGGAGCAAACGGUUGAAAUGUUCAUCGAGGCAUUGAAGGUGAUGCCACAGUUGAAAUCACUGGAUAUAUCUGGCACAAACCUUGCUACCAUUAUUUGUCACACAGAUAAAGAAGAUCAGAAGUGGUGUAUAGGUCACUGUAUGCCAGGAUUUGAGGGUAGACGGUUUGACUUUCUUGGACUAUAUGGUACUGAUGCAUGUAAACACAAGUUCAUUCCAGCUGAUAGGGUGAGUGGGACUGCAAGCAUUGAACAGUUGGUAGAAGCUCUGAAAUCUCUGCAGCACAAUAGGAUGCUCAUGUCUGCGGUUAUCAAAGACAUAAGCCAAUGGUUAAAGGAACAUAGGGUUGGCAGUACUGCAGGUCUUGCCUUGGUAGAUGGUCUUAUAAUGUAUAUGACACAAUCAGGAGAAUGGACUGAUGGUGGAGCAUCAGAAGAAUUUGAAGAGAAAAGUAUUUGUAUCGCUUUGGAAAUUAUGUUCAGUCUGGUUGUAGACCAUGGUCUGGUGGAAUGUUUCACUGUAAGAAGGAAGAGAUUGCUUCUGGACCAGCUUCUUAAUAUUUGUAACAUGAUGUGUACCAGAAUUCGCUGGAACCUAAGUGCCACAAGGAUCACAGAACAGAGAACUAAGAUAUUUGAGAAGUCCAUGUUGUUGAUUCGUCACCUUGGCUUGGAGCAUACAGCAAUGUACAGUUACAGAUUCAAGCAGUAUGUACAAGUUUUGCUUGGAAUAUUUCACAGUCCAGUGGGACAAACAGAGAAAUUGUGGUAUGGGAAUUUGCCCCUCGAUUUGCUGUAUUCAGUUUGCAAAAACAAUCUAGAAUACAAGGUGGUUGCUGGCAGGAAGUUGGAAAUUGUUAAGAUAUUGUUAAAAGAAAUCAAAGAAAAAGCAAGUUCAGCUUUUGUGCCAAAGAUAUGGAAUAUACUGUGGACACUUACUGAAGGCGUACCAUGUAACUGUGAGUUGUUUGUACAGAAUGAAGGGUUGCAGGUAUCCAGGACGUGUAUUGAUAAAUAUUCUGAUGACAAACCCCUCCGGGUAGUGAUCUUCGCGACUUUGGUUAAUGUAUCUGAAAAUCCUGGUUUGAUAACUUGGCUGAUGACUUCGGACAUGAUAUCAAUAUUAAAGAAGCUGUUGUCAUAUGAAAAUGAGGAAGACUUUGGUGUAAGUUUUAAAGCUGCUGAUUUUCUCAUCAUACUGGCUUCAUAUGGUCCCGAGGCAUGGACGAUGGUGAAACCGUCUAGAGAUGAAAUAUUAGAGAAAAUAGACCAAGUAAUGCACAAAUGGGAUAUUAAUAAACCUAUAGGCAGAAAAAUCAGGUGGUCAUUGCCUACUGUUUUGUCACACCUAGACAGUUACAGCACUCCAGUUGUACAAUAUUGGGCAGCUUGGCUCAUAUGUAAUUCGAUCAUUGUUUCACCACAGCGUUAUUGUGAAAUGUUACUAUCUGGUGAUGGAUUGGCCAAGAUUGACAGAAUGAUACAACAUGGAGGACUCCGAGAUGACAUUGUGAUUCUCCUAGAAAAGAUCAGAACAUUAACCGUGGAGUACAAAGAGCAACGAUGAGGAAAAAUACAUGCAACACAAACGGAAAAUAAAAAAAUAAGAGCAACAAAUGCGGAAAUUUCAAACAGUUAUGAGCAGUUGAGGAAAAAUAAAAACAGAUAAAAUGGAGUACAGGGAGAGAGAAUUAGGAAAAAUACAAACAGCACAAUGAGGAAAUACACAAAGAGUUAAGAACAAUAUGUGAGGAAACAUACAAACAGUUAUGGGCAACAAAUGAGGAAAUAUACAAACAACAUGAUGAGGAAAUAUACAAAGAAUUCAGAGCAACAAAUAAGGAAAUAUUGUUAAGAUCAGCAGAUGAGGAAAUACACAAAAGAUGAAGAAGUACGCAAACAGUGAAGUUCACCAAACUAGGAACUUUACAAACAAUGAAUAGCAACAGUUGAAUUAUUGAUUAAGCAAUGCUUUGGCUUGUUAAAUGUAUAGUUAUACUAUUAUGUUACGAACUGUUUAAUUGAUACGUGCAUUGAAAAUAUUUGAAUUAAAAUACAGGUAAUUGGA